AUGGGGGCUGUCAGCCGCCGCAGGGUUGUCCCUCAGGCCUGGGGCCGCUCCACACGUGGAGUCCUGAAGGAAGAGGCCGUGAGGGAAUACUGGUUUGCUACUCAGGAAAGACAACUGGAAUGCAUUCGUCGUGGAAAGGACAAGAUAAGAUGCCAGAACUACAUCCUCUUCCUCCAUAAGAUAAAUGAUUCCAACCUCUAUGUCUGUGGAACCAAUGCAUAUCACCCAACUUGUGAUCAUAUGGUUAUCCAGGGAACAAAUGUAAGCUUGCAAGGAAGAGCUGAAGAAAGCAGAGGGAAGUGUCCAUUUGAACCAACUCUGAAGUAUGCAUCUGUGUUUGUAGAUGGGGAGUUUUAUUCAGCUACUUCAAAUAAUUUCUUGGGAACAGAACCUGUAAUACUUCGCAGCAUGAAAAAUCCUGUAAGAACAGAGUUUAAAACAUCCUGGCUAAAUGAGCCAACCUUUGUCAACAUGGAAAUAGUCCAUGAAAGUGAAUCUAGUCCAAAUGGAGAUGAUGAUAAAAUUUAUGUCUUCUUCACUGAAACAGCUCUUGAAUUUGAAUUCUAUGACAAGCUUUUGGUGUCCAGAAUUGCCCGUGUCUGUAGAGGUGAUCUUGGUGGGAAACGUGUGCUGCAGAGGAGGUGGACAUCAUUUUUAAAAUCCCGCCUGUCCUGCUCUGCUCCAGAAUUAAACUUCCAUUUCAAUAUUGUCCAGGACAUCUUUCUACUUAGGAGAAGAAAGUGGCAGGACAGCAUAUUUUAUGGCAUUUUUUCCCCACAGUGGGGAAGAUUAGACAUAUCAGCUGUUUGUGCAUACAACAUGACAAAUAUUCAGGAAGUCUUCUCCAAAGGAAGCUACAAAGGACCAGUAACUGCAGAACAUUCCCCUGUUAAGUGGAUGACCUAUAGAGGAGAAGUGCCAGUUCCACGUCCUGGUGCUUGCAUUGAUAAUUUUGCCAGGAGUAUUGGGUAUAACACCUCUUCUGACUUGCCUGACAAAGUUUUGCAGUUUGUUAGAGAUCACCCUCUCAUGGAUAAUCCUGUGAAUCCCAUUGGGAAUGGACCAGUGCUGCUGAAGAGAGGUUCAAACUACACCAGGAUUGUGGUAGACAGAAUCACUGGCUUAGAUAAACAAACAUAUGAUGUUAUGUUUCUAGGAACAGAUGAUGGAUAUUUGCAUAAAGCUUUCAGUUGUGAUGGGGAAAUGUUCAUUGUGGAAGAGCUGCAGCUGUUUCUGCCUCCUGAGCCAGUACAAUCUCUCCAGCUGUCUCCUGAAAAGGGAAUGCUCUAUGUAGGGUCCCAGUCUCAAGUGGUACAGCUUCCAGUCUCUGAGUGCCACCGGUACCAGUACUGCUGGGACUGCAUCUUGGCCCGGGAUCCUUACUGUGCCUGGUCCUGGUCUGCUCGUGGCUGUGUCCCACUGGCAAAGCAAAAUGCUCAGAUGGAGAAUUUAAUUCAAAGUGUGAAAGAUGGGGAUGCUUCCAGCUGCCCUCGUGUAGAGAACAGUGUCAGAAAAUACCUCUUCACCCUGGGCAACAACAUCCACCUGAAAUGUCUCCCUCUCUCCAACCUGGCAAGCGUCGUGUGGAAGUUUAACGGGAGCAGACUCCGGGCUGAGGACUCCAGAUACCUGCUCUAUGAUGGAGGAAUAGCAAUCCUGAACGUGACAAUGGAUGCAGCUGGGAUCUACGAUUGCCUCUCCGUAGAGAAAUCCAAAGGGAAGGAAUUCCUCAUCACUGUGGCUCGUUAUGCCCUCUCUGCCCAAAACAAGAGGCCAGCAGAUGUCAUUGCCUCGGCAGAUCAGCGGAAUGCAGCAGGAGCUGAGGGCUUUCAGUCUUCAGUUCAUGACACAGAGGCAGCAAAACACACCUCUGUGGGCAGCCAGAGUGACAAGCUCGUUUUAACACUCCUGGGGACUGGGUUUGCUUUUACUUUCUUUUCCUUGUUGGCUUGGAACCUCUACAAGGGUCAUUUAUCUGUGCCUUGGGAGAGCAGAGAAAGCAGCUCCCAAAGCAGUGGUGCAGCUGGCUUGGGAAGUCCUGCAGUGGCUGUGGAGGGCUCAGGAGUUGUGAGGAGGAGCUCAGCCACACAAACGGAGGGUUCAGGUGUUGUGAGGAGGAGUUCAGGCACACAAACCAGUGUGUCUGGUGGUAAUGAGAUGGAUGCUCCUGAGCUGCCCUCCAGGAGUGCAGAGGGAAUGCUGAGCAGCUCAGGUUUCACAGGGAGCAUUCAGAGCUUGCAUCUCCCAGAGCUGUUUGGUUCAGAUGACACCUUGCUUCCUGGUAAGGUGGUGGAAUGAAUAUUUGGGUUAGAGGCAGAAGCUCUGAAUUGAAGAUGACAAGCUGGUUUGUGUUUUUUACACCA